AUGUCUCUCCUAGAAAGGCAUCUAGAACAAAUUGCUCUCUCUGCAGAUUCAAUAGCUUCAUUACCUUUUCCCCCUCCUCAAAUAUUUACAAAUGCGCUCCUCUCCAAUCAAGACAUCACCGCUCUAAUCCGCGACACUGAACCCCACGAACGUGCUCUCUUUUCUGUACCUCCACCCCCACCACCUCCAACUCAAAUAGCUCCCGAACCAAAGUCUUCUUCCUCCCGCCGUCAAACUGUUUUCAACGUAACCUCAGGCGAAGUAGCUCCCGCAUCUGGUCCUAACGGACGAGCUCCGCGGCGCAAUACUGCUGUUGCUGCUGUACUUGGCGCAGAAUUACAUUCUCAGGUGCGCAAAACGGAAAGCGGGAGGGGAGAAAUUGAUAUUGAGGUUUUGCUGAAGGGGGCGGAGAAACUAAAUAGUGUGUAUCCGGUACAAGGGGUUCCGGAGAGGAUAAGAGCGUUGAGAAGUAGAUAUGCGCAAUUGAGGGAGAGUGUGAAGAGACAUGAGCAGAAAGUACAGAAACAGACAAGGGAGUUAGAGAGUAUGAAUAGAGGAGAUGAGUUGGAGAGUGGUGGGGAGGAGAAUAAGCAGGAGAAUGAGGAGCCGUCUGAGAUUGAGAUUACGGAUGAGGAUUUGAGGAGAGAGGAGAUGGAAAUUAGGGAGCUGGAGAGGAAGAAGAGAGCCUUAGAGGAGCGGGUAUCUGGGAUGGAAAGAGAUCUGGGAGGGUUACUGAGAUGA